GCAGCCUGCCGUAAAAAAUUGACAGAAGAAGGCAGGCGGCGAGGUUAGGUCGCGGUAACCUGUGAAAGAUGUGCUAGUGUUCGUUUGAGUGAGUAUUUAGUUGCAAGUAAAUUGGAACGAAAUAAGAAUUAGAAUUAGUGCGGUGUCAAGCUUUUGUUGGGUUGAAGUUUGAUCUCUGACUGGAACGGACUCCGAAAGCUAAAGGAGCUGCGAAAGUAGGCGAGGAGAGAUGUCGUACUACUCCCGUGGUUCAUCUCGGGUUACUGACUGUAAAGUGUAUGUGGGCGACCUAGGCAAUGGUGCUGCCAAGGGGGAGCUGGAACGAGCAUUCAGUUUCUAUGGCCCGCUGAGAACUGUAUGGGUGGCGAGGAAUCCACCUGGGUUUGCUUUUGUGGAGUUUGAGGAUCCUAGAGAUGCAGAAGAUGCUGUGAAAGGAAUGGAUGGAAAACUUCUGUGUGGCUCCCGUGUUCGUGUGGAGAUGUCAACAGGUCUUUCCAGGAGGAGUCGUGGGCGUCCCAACCGACGACAGUUUGACCCCAAUGACCGGUGUUAUCAGUGUGGGGACCGUGGCCACUAUGCCUACGACUGCUACCGCUACAGCAAGAGAGGCCGUCGUAGCAGGUCUCGCUCUGGUUCACGGUCUCGCUCAAGAUCUGGGUCCCGUGGACGUCACUACCGCUCUCGAGCCGAAGCUACAGCAGGAGCCGUAGACGCUCUCCAUCCUAUUCCAGACGCAGGAGCAGGAGCCAUCGACGCUCUCCAUCUUAUUCCAGACGCAGGAGCCGGUAAGAACACAGUUUGA